ACUGUUGCGCACAACUGGUUGCCUGAGUUAUGUUCGCAAAAUCAAUAGUUUCAUUGAUAAAAUUUCAGGUUUCAGGUGGUGGGGCUCAGUUGCAUUUAAUUUAAAUUUGUGAGAGUAACAUUGAUUUGAAAAAUCGGUGAUUUCGUCAAUUGGUUGCAAUCCAAUCAUCAUAACAAAAAUGUGAAUGAUUGGGUGCGCUACUUUGAGAGUAACACCCGGUAUAAAACUCACCCCACGUUCUAGAAUUUUUUGGAUAAGGGUUAAGAACUUAAUUAAUCAGGAUGAUGAAGCUCCCCGUCGGCGUUUUCCUCCUCAUAAUUGGUCACGUGUCAUCAACUGUGCUAAUCGCCGAUAAUACAAUGUCAAAAAUGAUUGAAUUGACAACACGGGCGCCCUUUUGUCACGUCCACACUGACAGGGGGAAAAUUCGCGAUAUGAUAUUCAGUUCCGACCCCAGGAAAAUUCGCCAAAUGUCCGACGAGUCAAUUGGUAAACUUGUGGAUAUUUGUCUGAAUAAUGGGGUACGGUCGGCGCACCAAGGGGGCUUUAUCUACCCGGGGACUAAGUGGUGCGGCCCGGGAACCAAUGCGAAGAACUUCACCGAUUUGGGGUACCAUACAAAGGAGGACAUGUGUUGCAGAGACCAUGAUAAUUGCCCCAAUAAUUUAUUAAGGGGUGAAUGUAGGCAAGGAAUUUGCAACGACUCGCCUUUCACUCGCUCGCAUUGCGAUUGCGAUGCGACUUUUAGGCGAUGUUUGCAAAAUGUUAACACCGAGACGGCAAACACAAUCGGGGCGAUUUUUUUCAACGUGGUUCAAGUGAUUUGUUUCAAGGAACGCAGUCCAUGCUCCAAGCAACAAAGUGAUUGCAUGGCUGAGUUUGUCAAGUCUGGGCGUUAUGUUGGUAGUCCGUAUCCUCGAUUCAAUUGGAGAAAUAAACACGAAUUUUUUAUUAACAUACUUUUGAGAAAAUUAAGACUGUUGUAGUGUAUUUUUUUGGGUUGGCAGGACUGGGUAUACGCAAGCCGAAGGUGAUAAAGUCUGCUCCCAGUGGAAUUACAGACCUUCCGAAAAAUAUAUUCCCCUAAUGCCACGAUCCUUCAAGUAGGAAUGUACAGGGGGUUGCAAUAAUACUACAUCUCAGUCAACGAUUUAGAGUACAAUAAAACGAGUAUUUUAGUAAUAAUGGUCACGUUUGACCACUUUUUGUAGGUUUGUUAUUAGUCUCGAGAACAAUAAUCAGAGUUGUGAUAUUUUAGGGUAGGAUGUUUCAUUAUAUCGUACUGUAUUCAGUAGAUUGUUUAAAAAAUUCAUGUCAGGAAUUUUACUCGAAAUAAAAACUUUCGUAACGUAA